UUAGAGACGGAGCUGGGCCCGGGCAGCGGCGGAGACGCGACCACGACGGCGGGGUCCCCGGAGAAGCCAAGAUGCCGUCAAAGGGAAAGGACAAAAGGAAAGGGAAGAGUAAAGGCAAAGAGAAGAAGAAGCCAGUAAAAACUGAUGAAUCUGUGGUGGACAGAGCCAAGGCCAAUGCCUCUCUUUGGGAGGCCAGGCUGGAAGUCACAGAACUCUCUAGGAUGGAGUACCGUGAUACUUCCCAGAGAUUGGCAAAAAGUAAUGAGGACUUAAAGAAACGUCAGUACAAAAUGGAGAAAGACACAAUGUCUGUAUUAAGCUACCUGAAGAAGCAGGAUCAAGAGAAAGAUAAUAUGAUUGAAAAACUGAAGCAGCAAUUGAAUGAAACAAAGGAAAAAGCCCAAGAGGAGAAGGAAAAACUGGAACAAAAGUACACUGUGCAAAUAAGUGAGCUGGAGGGACAGUUCCAUCAAAAAGCCAGAGAAAUUAGCAUGAUUCAGACAGAGCUGAAAACAGUAAAACAAUUCCAGAAGAGAAAAAUCCAAGUGGAGAAAGAAUUAGAUGAUCUGAAGGAGAAUUUAAGGAACACGGAGCGCAGACAUCAGGAGACUCUUAGAAGACUGGAAGGCAGGUUUUUUGAAGAAAAGCACCGACUAGAACAAGAGGCUGAAAAGAAGAUAAUAAUGCUGGCAGAGAGAGCCCACCAGGAAGCUGUUGUGCAAUUGAACAAGGCUGGAAGAACUGUUUUUAAGGAGAAUGUUUAUCUCCAGAAAGCUCUCGCAUACCACCUAAAGGAAGCUGAUGAUCUACAAAAAAACUCCCAGAAGUUGCAAGAGACUCAGAAUUUUCUGUUACAUCAAAAGGAGAUCAAUGAUCUGUUGGUUAAGGAAAAGAUUAUGCAACUUACCCAGCAGAGAUCACAAAUCCAAACUCUUCAGAAGAAGGUGGUAAGCUUGGAGACUGCCCUAAGUUGUAUGACCAGAGAGUUUGAGUCUGAAGUUUUAAAACUGCAGCAACAAGCAGAGAUAGAGAACCAAGCGGGUCAGGUUGAAAUUGACAAGCUGCAGCAACUUCUUCAGAUGAAGGACAGGGAAAUGAAUCGAGUGAAGAAGCUGGCCAAGAACAUACUGGAUGAGAGAACAGAAGUGGAAAGUUUCUUUUUAGAUGCUCUCCACCAAGUGAAGCAACAGAUCCUAUUUAGCAGGAUACAUUAUAAACAGGUAGCACAAGCUGCUUUCAACUUUAAAAUGAGAGAGGCAUGUGCAGGAAGAACAGAAUAUCCCAAAAUCCGAACAUUUGAUGGCAGAGAGCACAGCACCAAUAGUGUGAAUCAGGAUCUUAUGGAGGCUGAGAAAUGGACAGAUAUUCAAGGAAAUGUGGAUAUUAGAGAUUUGACCUGGGAGCAGAAGGAGAAAGUCUUGAGAUUGCUCUUUGCAAAAAUGAAUGGUUUUGUUCCUAGGAAAUACAGCCAGAGUUCUAGGCCUCCAGUUCCAGACUAUGUUGUUCCUGACAAUGGAGAAACAGAGGAAUGUGGGGAUGAAUGUAAGCUUCAAGAUCAAACCUUCAUCACCCAGCAAGUGCCAGUCUCAGACUCUUCUGGUGAACUGACGAUACCCAACAUUCAGAAAGGAUCACAAGAGUCUGACAUGGGGACCUACUGACAAGCACUGCUUAACAACAUAUGACCCCAUAGAAGCUGCUGGCAGGCCCUUUUGUGCAGAAUAUUUGUUCCUGAAUAUGUUCAAAAAAGUUUUUUUAAACUUAGUUACCUGUUUGCCAUAGAAAUUGGUGUCUCCCCUGAAGGAAGAUCGAGAGCCACUGAAUGAGAACAUUGGUAAAGGCACUGGAAUGGGGACAUUCACACCCACCUAAAGCAGAACAAAUCCACGUCAAAUACUAAGAAAAGGACUCAAAGCAGCUCUCCAUUUAGAAGCACAAAUGCUUGGCAUCAGAGAGACCAAUUUUAAAUAUCCACCUUCCACCCCAUCCUCCAUCCCAUGAACUUUUAUUCCUGAGGAAGAAAUGGGACAUUGUGGGAGAUCAGAGGGGCAGCGACUGAUCAGUGUUUACUGUUUCCCCUUAGAGAGGAAACAGUAAAUGGCUACAAGAAUCUCCUAAAACUUCUGUUCACAAACCUGUCCGACAUCCACCAGGUGGGAAUAUUUCCGAGCAGUGGCUCCAUUGGUGGUGAAGAUGGCAGUUCCAUUUCCAUAUGGGUUGUCAUUUACAAUCUUGAUAGCUUCAUCCAAAGUGUCUGUCUCCAGAACCACAAGAACUGGACCAAAAAUCUCCUCUUUGUAACAGGUCAUAUUUGGCUGCGAGGAGUGAUGCAUCCGGAAAAGAAGUCAGUAUUGUAUGCUUACUUGGUACUUCAUUACCCACUGUUUACAUGGAUAGCUCUCAUGUUAGUAAUCUCUUUUCAUUUUAAGCCACCUAUUAUAAAAAAAAAAGUCCUUUCUUGCUGUGUUCCAUCUUCCAAGCUGUCAGUCAUAUAAACAACUUAAAACUCCUAUUAACUACAACUACACUCCUUUCCUAAAGCUCUGUAUUUUUAGGUCCCAGGACCCAUCACUAGCUUCCUCUUUUAUACCUGUAUAACUUGUUUUACAAUUGUUAUGUUACUGAAAUGUUACAUGCAAAUUCAUUUUUUUAUAAAUCAAAUAUAUAUUAAAACCAUCACAGGAGAAUUUUUCUGUUGAAAGAAA